GGGUCGGCAAUAUUGGAUGUCGGCAAGGCAAAAUAUCAAGAAGAGAAAAGCCCGCAAUGUUAUCAACCGCGAACGAACCGUCACCACGCUGACUGAAGGCCCCGAGAGCGCGUUCCUCGUCCCAACUCCAACCGAGGAGCCUGCCGCCGUCCUCAUGUCUGCUCCUUUCCCACUGCCCUCAGGUGUCCCGCCAAACAUGCAGCCUGGCUUCCAGAUCAGCCCCAACGACUUCGGCCACUUCCCCUACAACGUCAACGCACCUUACUUGGGACCUGGUCCUAUGGGCCCUCACAACUAUGGGCAGCAACACCCUACGCCUCAUCAAUUUUUUCAUGGACAGCAACCUCCACUAGACUCUCCGAUGGGGGAGGGUGACCUGGAGAUACUGGAGAAUCUCAAGGAGAAAAUCAAAAACGGGCAACAUGAAGUAUUCAAGGCGGUCCCCAACCCGACGUUUCUGGCCAACCUCUACAUGGGUCCCCCGAAGGCUCCUCUCGUCUCUCAAGUACCGCCUCAUCCUGAGCAAGUCCCUACACCCUCUGAGCGCAACGGUCCAGUUGCCUCUCAGGCCCCUGCUGAGCUUGCUCCUAGUCGCGGUGCCAUGGACACGUCGUCGAGCGCUGAGGCAGUGCCAGCGUCCAAAUCAACGGUUGCGGAGGCGCGAAGGACGGAUAAUGUGCUGUUUAUCCGUGUACGUUCCUGUCCAUUGCUCACUGACACUCGGAUAGAGCCUCCACAGAGCAAUGCACCGGCGCCAACCAGUAAGGCCCCUGCCAGUAACACGGAGCGUGGGCCCAAAGUAAAGCAAGAGGUGGAUGAUCGACUCCCACCUGCGCCGUCAAGGUCUCAACCGCAAGGUCUAGGCAAGACUCAAUCCGAUAGGUCUUUAGCGGACGAACCUCCGCUAGGAACAAGAGGUCCCGGAUACUCUCCUACCAAGCCUGGUUUAGACAACAAGGAUGAUCAGCGGCUGUCGCGGGAUCAUAGCUGGACGCAUCGCAACGGUGUUGACGACAAGCCAAGGUACGAUGCUGACCGAAAUGGCCGUUUCAAUGGAGACUCGAGGUUCAAUACUCGGCCUGACAACCGUGGUCCUGGAUUCCCUUCCCGUCACUAUGAUAGGGAUAGGGACCGAAAACGAUCCCCCGAGCGGGACAGGGACCAUGACAGAGAUAGACGUCCGGACUUCGCGCGGUUCAAAGAUGAGAGGCGCAACGAUGACCGUUUCAGAGGACCUGACAAUCGCAGACCUCUGUUGGAGUAUAGAACUGCGGAUACUUACCGCCCGUAUGAACGUAGGCCUAUUGACGAUGUUGGCGCUCCACUGCGUACGCAUCCCUCGGAUGACAGGAGUCAUCCUGACACGCGCCCGCCUCCUCGUACCCUCGGUGAAGAGCGAGCAAUUAUCCGCGGUCCCGCUGACGCCCCUCCGACUCGCACGCUCCCAGAUGAUCAUCGCCCGCCCGACGCUCCGUCUACAGACGAACGCCGUGCCCCUGUUCCUGCUCCAAGUGAGCGUCCUCCAAGAGACUUCGAAGAACGACGUCCGCUUCCACCUCCAGUGUCAUCCGACCGCCCGCUGAGGGGAAACGAAGAACAUCGAGCCUCCCCGCCUCCGGCAAAUGACAAGCUCCUGCGAUCUCCGGAAGACCGUAGGCCCCCUCCUACAGGUUCAUACUCUGAACGGCAGACAAGACCUGCAGAUGACCGGCGUGCCCCACCUCUGCCUCCAUCCAGUUCAGAACGCCAGGUAAGACCUCAAGAUUCGCCUCGUGGACCGCUCCCGCUGUCGUCUAGUGUGGACCGGCCAAUUCGGCCUCUCUAUCCGCCGCGUCCCUAUUCGCCUGCCCCUAGAAUGAACGAUGAUCGCCGGAUGCCUCCCCCAACUCCUGAAGACCGUGGCACUCGUCCUGGCCCACCUCCUUCUCGACCACCUCCUGAGGAGCGCAGCCUGCGUCCUCAGCCUAGUAAGGAAGACCUGAGUUCUCGGCCACCUGUCUCUCUAGAAGAGCGCAUCAGCCGCCUUGCACCCUCCCUGCAGGAGCGGAUAAGCACGACUGCUGCUAGACCGGACGACAGACUAGAUCGCGGACAACUCCCACGACUCGAUGAGCGCGUCAGUCGACCCGCGCCCUCGCUUGAAGAACGACUGUCCCGUGCUCCGCCUACUACGGAUGACAGGACUGCAAGACCUCCAGCUACCGAAGAUCGUGCCACUCGUCCUAUGCCUCCUCCUGCUGCAACCGAUCGACUUGCUCGCCCUGCACCGUCUGAUGAUCGUGCUAUGUUGCUAGCGGAGCCAGCUCGUCCCCCACUGUCUGGCCCUCCUGAUCGUGGUCCGCGCCCCGAUGACCGUGGUCGGCCUCCAGUCUCGAAUCGUUUCAAUCGGCCCGGUUCCCCUGCUGCUGAUCGUGGACCUGGCCCGAGGCCCGGCUCAGUUGCGCGCGACCCUCCUCGCAAGUUCGAGCCACCUCGCUCUGAUAUCCUCCGCCCGGCAGGAGAUCCACCACCGCCUCGAGACCGCGCUGACAUACGCCCGCCGUAUGGUGGGGACCGCAGGCCCGACAUAAUAGAUGUCGAUCCUCCGGCCCCGAGAUUCAAUGCGUCGUACCGCCGGCCCUUAGAGCCGUACCCGCCUCGAGGGCGCGCGUGGCCCCCGACGAAUGACUCGUAUCCUGAGGACCCCGUCCGCCGGCCACCACCCGAUGCACGUGAACGGGGCUACCCAGAUGACUGGGAGUCUCGCAACGGUCGGGACUGGGAGCGUCCUCCGCCACGUGACUACGAGCGGGAUAGGUUCGCUGACGCACCGCCGGCUCCUGGCUGGGAGACCCGCGAAGAGCGUGAACACCCUGCGCCAGCCCCUCGCUCCUCACGGCUGUCUGAGGGAUAUGCGCCAGAGGACCGUAGCUAUGGCAGAGACAUGGACCGCCCACGUUACCCUCCUGCCCCUGACACCCCACCGUUCUCGCGUAUCAGGCCUCGUAGUCCGAGCCCGCUGAGGAGACCGGUCAAGAGAGCUCGCGACGAUGCCUACGGUUCUGGGUAUUACCCUCCCCCUCCUGCUGAUACUACUCCCCGAGCGGGGCCUCCGCAGGACUAUCCUCCCCGUGGGCGCACGCCUCCCCCUGUGGGUGGUUCUGCCUACUACGACGACCCGCGUGGACCGCCGUAUAGGUCGGGUCCGCCGCCUCCGUUGCAGAGGGACAGGGAGGCUCCUGACGUGGGUGGCUACUCGUCGUAUGACAGGCGAGACCCGCCGUCUCGUAUGCUGCCGCCGCAGCCCCGAUACGGGCGUGACGAAAGACGCUACUCUGUGCCGCCACGAUAGGCUCAAUGUCAUGUACGGACCAUCUACGAAGAUUUUCGUUGAUCUGAAGAAUGCUUGAAUCGGAUGUAUGCGUCGUAUGCUGUGCACAAUGUUGCUCUAGUUAGUCUUGUAUAUAUACUAAGAUAUGAUAUGAUGAUGUAUGCCCCUUGUCUUGCAGCACUUGUCACUUGCGAUUUAGUCUGGAGCGUAUCUAUGCAUACACAGUCCUGGUAUAUGGCCGAUUGAGGUUCUCA